AUGAGUUCCAGUAAACUCUCAGUGUCAAGCGUGCGGGGCUCCAUCGCCGAGCUCCUCGCGGAGGCUAAUGGCGAGAAAAAACGCAACUUUGUGGAGACCAUAGAGCUGCAAAUCGGUCUUAAGAACUACGACCCCCAGCGCGACAAGCGUUUCUCUGGGACUGUCAAGCUUCCCAACAUCCCCCGCCCUCGCAUGUCCAUCUGUAUCCUCGCAGAUGCCGCCGAUAUCGAUCGUGCAAAGCAAAUUGAGCUGGAGUACAUGUCCGUUGAUGAUCUGAAGAAGCUCAACAAAAACAAGAAGCUUGUGAAGAAGCUCGCGAAGAAAUACGACGCUUUCCUUUCCUCCGAGGCACUCAUCAGGCAAAUCCCUCGUCUCCUCGGCCCCGGUCUCUCUAAAGCUGGAAAGUUCCCCACCCCCAUCUCGCACGCUGAGGACCUCUCCAGCAAGCUCGUUGAGGUCCGCUCGACCAUCAAGUUCCAACUCAAGAAGGUUCUUUGCUUGGGCGUCGCCGUCGGCCACGUCCAGAUGACCGACGACCAGGUCCUCUCUAACGUCAUGAUGAGCAUCAACUUUUUGGUCUCUUUGCUGAAGAAGAACUGGCAGAAUGUCAAGUCGCUGCACAUCAAGACGACGAUGGGCAAGCCUAUCCGCCUCUACUAG